AUGGGUGCCUCCCAAUCGUCGCACAAGGCGGGUGCGGCAGGAGGCACCGCCACCGAUGCUAACGGCGAGCCAGCCUUCGUCGACUACUACGAGCUUCUCCACGUAGAACAGACCGCCACUUCCGACGAGAUUCGCAAAGCCUACCGCAAACUCGCACUCAAGCACCACCCAGAUAAGAAUCCGGACAACAUCGAACAAGCCAACAAGAUCUUCCACAAGCUUCAGGAAGCCUACGAGAUUCUUUCGGAUGACACAGAACGGGCAUGGUACGAUCAAAACCGUGAGCGUUUGCUCAAUGGCGAGGGACCAGACUUGGACGAUGAGGAGGUGUUCGAGGCGUUUCGCUCGGGAGCGGCUGAAGCGCCGCAGCCCACUAGCUCGUCACGCGGCUUGACGGCGAAGGCAUUGCUUCGCUUCUUCGAUCCAAGCCUGGCAAAGGACUUGACAGAUGGAGACAAUGGUUUCUUCGCUACGUACCGCCGUCUAUUCGAGCGGCUUGCUCAAGAGGAGCGCGUAGCAGCACCCUACCUAGGAGAAGAGAAGGACUCGGUGAUUUCUUCUGCCGAUGCAUAUCCGUCUUUUGGCUACAGCCAUACACCCUACUCGAACGCAAAGGGACAGGAAGCUGCUGUCCACCAAACACCUGCCAAGGACUUUUACAACGUCUUCAUGAACUUCCAGUCACGCAAGAGCUUUGGCUGGUUCGACAAAUACGACCUGCGCGAUGCACCAGAUCGACGUGUCAAGCGUCUCAUGGAGAAGGAGAACAAGCGUGCACGAGACGCCGCCAGGCGCGAAUAUAACGAUGCCGUUCGCUCCCUUGCUGCCUUUGUUCGCAAACGAGAUCCGAGAUACAAGAAGUUUCAGAGCGAGCUCAACUCUACAGGGCCUGGUUCGGCGGCAGACCUGGCCAGGAAGAAGGCGGAAGCCGAGAAGAUCCGAUUGGAGCGAGAAGUUCGUGCUCAGUCAUACCAGGCACAGAGCUGGCAGCAGCCUGACUACCGCUUUUCGGACGAUGAGGUCGAUGAUGACGAAGACGAAGAUGAACAUGAGGAGGACGAUGACGGCGACGGAGAUGGCGAAGCGGAAGGUGAUGAGGCAGGGCUGCCAGCAUCGGGCGAGGCGCUUGACCCGCUUGAUGAUGACCCUUCUAACUCGGGCUGGGACUGCGUCGCAUGCGACAAGUUCUUCCAAUCCGAAGCGGCUUUCCGCAAUCACGAACGCAGUGCAAAGCACAAAAAGGCAGUCAAGCAGCUUCAGCGAGAGAUGCAAGACGAGGAAGACGAGCUCGGUCUUGGCUUCGAUGCGGACGACAUUGCCAUCGACGCUUCUUUGGCAGAUAUGCACCUCAACGGAAAGGCAAACAAAAAGACGACAGACGCGAACUUCUCGGCUGGCUUCUCGAUACCCGCCUUUGCCGGCGCUGACAGUGGCGCGAGCAGUAAGAGCAAGAAACAGAAGAAGCAAGACAAGAAGCGCAGACAGAUGGAACAGGUCGCUGGCCGUACUCUGGAUGAAGAUGGAUUUGUGGUGCAGGAUCUGAACCGAAACCCAAAGGCCAAGCCAAAGACGGCGCCGGUCCCGGUUGCUAGUGAUGAUGAAGAGGGAGCGGACGAAGCAAAGGAGGAGGAUGCGGCCACACCUGCGGUCCACGUCAUUGACGAUGAAAACGUCAGCGAUGCCGACAAGGCCGUGGAUGUUACUGAGAAAGUAGGAGCUGGUGACGAAGAGACUGCUCCGGUACAACCACCCUCAUCCUCGCAGAAAGAUGAAGUCAGGACUAAGGCGGCAUCAACAUCAUUGGAGCCAAAGACCGACACCGCAAAGGAUGAGGAUGACCCGUGGAGCGGCCUCAAAGAUCCCUACAUCCCUGCCUCAGCCUUUUCUUCCGCCAUCCCGCCGCCUCUUCCCCCUCUUUCGCGACCCGCCGGCUCCUUCGACAUCUUUGGCUACGGCAGUCUCAUCUUCAAGCCUCCUCCCCAUGUCAUUGCUGCAACACCCUGCUAUAUCAAAGGUUUUGUGCGACGCUUUGCACAGAACUCUAUCGACCACCGCGGGACACGUGAACGACCCGGUCGCGUCGUCACCCUGGUCAAAGCAUCUGAUUGGCACCCUCUCUGCAAAGCUGCCAAGGUCAACGAGCCAAAAUCGCCCGAAGGCGACAUCGUCUGGGGUGUUUCUUUCACGAUCGAUCCCGAGCAUUCACAGGUCGUUCGUCAGUAUCUCGAUUACCGUGAAAAGAACGGAUACAGCGCAAUAAAUGUUCCUCUCUACAGCAAGAGUCAGGUGGAAGGGGAAGAAGAGAAGGAGAUCACCGUUCUAAAAAAUGCACUUGUGUAUGUUGGUUUGCCUUCCAAUCCGGCAUUCGUCGGCCCGCAGUCAUUGGAUGCGCUCGCGCAACGCAUAUAUACAUGCUCCGGUCCAUCAGGUCCGAAUCCGGAGUAUCUGCUGAAUCUAGCAAAGGCUGUGAGAGAACUCGCGCCUCAAUCCGUCGAUCAUCACUUGUUUAGUCUCGAGAAACGUCUACUUCUGCUGCAGGAGCAAAACAUCGAUCCAGCAGUGCUCAUCGCUCAAGAAGCCAAGCAAGACGUUUCUGCCAAGAAGAAUGACAAGACAGCGUCCCAAGACGACUUUGGUGAAGAGGAAGAGGCGGGAGGAAAGGGAAAGAAAGGCAAAACCAAGCGGACGGGUAAGAGCAAAGAAUGGUGCAACGUCUGCAAAGCUGGGUUUGAGAGCAGGAGUAAGUUGUUCAACCAUAUUCGCGAAACCGGGCAUGCGCUGGCUGGUGAACAGAGCGGAAAGAAGGAGCGGAGGAAGUAG